AUGUCUCUACCAACCACAAUGCAAGCAGUCGUCAUCGAAGGCGAUAAAUCAAUACUCAAGACAGGUGUGCCCCUACCACCCUUGGAAAGUGGUUCCGUUCUCGUGAAGACGAAAGCAGUUGCUGGGAACCCCACAGAUUGGAAACAUAUAGUUUACGGUAUUGGACCACAAGGUUCCAUUCUUGGUUGUGACAUCGCUGGUCAAAUUGUGAAAUUGGGACCCGAUGUAGACCCCAAUGAAUUCCAUAUUGGUGAUAAUGUGUUUGGGUUUGUACAUGGUGCUUCCAUUAAACGUCCCCAAAAUGGUGCCUUUGCAGAGUAUGCUGUCAUGGAUCCAAAAGCUGCUUAUAAAGCAGGAAGGGAAUUGCAACAUGCCGAGGGGGAAAGAUUAAAAGAGGGCAAAGUGACCACUUUUGAAGCAGCAGCUAGUAUUCCUGUAUCUUUGACGACCGCAAUGGUGGCACUGACUUUUAAUUUUGGUUUGAAAUUGGAAUGGGAACCCAAAGUGGCCCAAAACAAUUAUCCUAUCUUGCUUUGGGGUGGUGCCACAGGGGUGGCCCAAAUGUUCAUUCAAAUGGCAAAGAAAUUACACGGGUACUCCAAGAUUAUCGUUGUGGCUUCCAAAAGACAUGAGGCAAAAUUGAAAGAAUAUGGAGCUGAUGAUGUGUUUGAUUAUCAUGACGUCGAUGUCAUUGAACAAAUUAAAUCCAAAUAUAAGGAUAUUCAAAGAUUGGUUGAUUGUGUAUCCACAUCAACUACCAUUCAACAAACAUACAGAUGUGCUGCUGAGAAUCUACCUGCUACUUUAUUGCAUUUGACCUCUUUGAGUGCAAGUGAUAUUGAUGCAAAAUAUAGAAGGGACAACAUUAAGAUUACAAAUACAAUGUUAUACAUGGCUGAAGGUGAGGAUAUCCCAUUUGGUAAAAUUACUUUACCAGCUUGCCCUGAAUACAGAGAGGCAACCAUUAAAGCGAUUAAAUUUGUUAACCCAAAGAUCCUUAAUGGGGAAAUUCAUCAUAUACCAAUAAAGAUUUAUAAAAAUGGGUUAAAGGAUCUGCCACAACUAACUGAAGAUAUUAAACAUGGUGUGAAUUCUGGGGAAAAACUAGUUGCAACCAUUAACUAG